AUGAAAGCAGACAGUUCUAGUACAUCAUAAACAGCUGCACCCUUCGGCGAUUCAAGUGCUUAGCAACUUAACUAGAAAAAAAGAACAUACUCGGAGUUCAGCGAAAACCUCAAGGAAGAUAAUCCUAACUAAGAUAGUGUAACCAUAUUAUCAAAUGAACUUAUUUUAUCUUAGGAUAGAAAAAGAAGAAAGUAACUGGCUCCAUCGAAAAUAGAUGAAGAAAAAAAUUAGCAAGUUGAGCUCAGGAAUUUUACUUAGAAUCACAAAGCAGCUGGGAAUAAUAAUAAUUUAUAGGGCCCAACUAGCAAUGCUCCAGUGACUCAAGUUAAAUCAUUUAAGUCCUUCAAGGAAAAGAAACUUUAGUAACAACAGCCUUCUUUUGGAGCAGAAAGUUUAAAUCAAGGUGGGCAGAAAAACGAAACUCAGCUUUAGAUGGAAUCUCAAGGAGGACAUACAUAGUCAUUUUAUCAGGAAUCUUAGCAUCCAGAUCUGAAAGAUGACGAAGAUGAUGAUAUGGAUAUUGACCCAGAAGUCAGAGUGAAUACCAAUUUUAACAAGAUGAAUUAACAGUAGAAAAAGGGGUAAAUGAUGAAUAACAUGAAUCUUAAUAAGAAAUUUGAUGAAAAUUUGAAUUUAAAAUCUAUUAAUGACAUUGAUAAGUCGCUAUUAAGUGAUUGGUCAUUGAAAACCUCCAUUGAGAUAAGUUGCAUUUUAAGUAAUUCAACUGAUAAGGUAGAUAUUAGCUUCAGCAAGAUUUAAAAAUAUCUGCAAUACUAUGUCUACUCAACUGACUAAAAACUUAGUGGUUUCGAUAAUUUUGUUGAUAAGGAGUAAUAGAAAACACAGUAGAAGGUCUAAUGGUUAAGAUCAUUAAGAGAUGCUUAUAAGAAAUUCCUUGCAUCUGCUAGCGAGGAUGGAUCUAUAAGAGGAGUAGAAAUGCCGUUUUUCUAUGUGAGAAACAAUAAUUUCAUGGCUUUAUUUAAAAUUAAAGAGGGCAGACCAAUGGCUAUUCUAAAUCCUUCAAAAACUAAUAUAAUUAAAACUGUUGUGAAUAUAAGCCAUGAUGACGACGAGGAAAGAGAGUAAUAGGAGAAUUUAAGAAAACAAAAAGAGAAGGAAGAAGAAUCAGAUGAUGACUUGAUUAACGAUUAAGAUAGAUUGACUUAUUUAUUAGAGAAUAAUGAGGAAAAUUAGCACUUUAACUUUGCUCCGAAGAACUAGUCAUAGCUCUACUACUUUGAUAACAAGGCAGUGAACUCAAUAUACAAUAUUCUAUCGAAUUUUAUAGCAAAUCAAAUGGAUGCUUAGCUAUAUUCAUACUAAGGUGCCUCUAACUCAGCUAUGGCUUAAAUCAUAGCACCUUCCCCCUUUAUAAACUGCACCUACAAUGAAGGACAGCUUUUUUAUAGUGGAAAUGUAACAUACGCCAACAAGUAGAGCAGAUAUCAAAUGAAACUCUUUGGAGUAUUCUUUCCAGUUAACCUAACAAGUAUGAUUUAAGUUAUUAAGAGUCAGAUAAAAGCAAGCAGUAUGACUGUACAAAGUGUAAACUCAGCUGUCUAAGAUAAGACAACUUAAUAAAGCACAGAUAAAGAAAUUGAGGUGUAGAUGAGAAGCGAUGAUUAAUCUAAGUUAUUUUCAUAUAAAAAAUGCAUUAGGAUGAUAAAACUGAGUACAGGAGGACAAAAUCAGCAGCAAACAUUGCCAAAUAAUGGUGGUAAUCAUCUCUAUAAAAUAAUGUUUGACUGA